GGCAACUGGACUUGGUUGAAGAUACUAGAGGGACGAAACGUCUUCUAAGAUCUAACGCGAUUUUCUCCUCUGAUGGCAAGAUUGCUAUUACACUCCCUAAACAAAUAGCGCUUUUAUUUUGAAGUGGAAAUCUUUUCCGUUCCGGUUGCGUCACAGUGGUUAGCUUGGACAGUUCGGGGGAUCACAGGAAGGGCUUCAUGCGUCCAGCUAUGUCUGCUUCUGUACCUGAAGAAAUUAAAUUAAUUGAGAGGCACGAGGAAAUUUUAGACCAGAGAGCAGAGCUUCUGGAGCAGAUGGUGAAUCGCGGGAAGCAGCUGAAGAUCCAGAGGAAGCAGCAGGUGAAGGAAAGUGAGGCCGCUCGCCACAGGAACGCCACACUGCUGCAGGAUUUACAGAAGAUAGAAGAUCGCCUCAGAGGAAGACUGCUGCCAAGCCCACAUUUCCUGGCUCUGGAGACAGGAUAUUGGGCAUCUGUGGAAGAGUCUCUACCAGCUUGGGAGCACUUCCUCCUGGGUAAAGGCCCACACCCUACUGAUGGUGUAGGACAGCCAACCAGGAGAGCCAAACAGAAAACCAGCACAGCGAAAGACCAGGGCCUGCCUCCUCACCCAAAACUGAGGACAGCUCCAUAGUUGAGCGGUGAUGCUGAUGAUGCCACUGUAGCCUGAAAGAUAUCUUUGACGGUCACAUCAUACUGAUGAUCACAAACCUUGUGAUUCAAAUAUCUCAUUCAGAACCUCCUUCAUGACCGUCCUCCCAACCAGGGUCGGAGGCUUUGGUGAACAGCUGUUUCUUCCAGGAAUGGAAAUUGAUUCGUCGAUACUGAGAUUUAAACACUAUUUAACCAACUCACCGAAAAGAGAGAGAGAGAACUUUAUUCACUGUUAUUUGUAGUUUACGUUCUAUCUGUAUUUGUAAUUUUGGAUUUUGUAAUUCAUAACUGAUACAUUGAAUGCUCCUGAUUGGAUUAAUCUUGUUAUGUCAUAUUUAAAUGUAAACUUUUUUGAUUUUGUAGCAAACUGCCUUGGCAACAUUGUUGAAAUGAAACCUUCAUGCCAAAAAAGCACACUGCACUGAGCUGAGCAGGAGAGAAAGGCAACAAGAAAGAAAGAGAAAGGGAGGGAGAAGUAAUGUGUGCAUGUGUUGGGCCGAGCGAGAGAGAGAGGGAGAGUGCAUAUUGACAGAGGUGAAACAUUUAUUUGAUAAUUAUUUGAUGUCAUUCUGUGGUUUAUCAUUGAAGUGUAUAAAAUAGGGCUGAACCUAACCAUUAUUUUUAAUAUCUAAUCACUAAUUUAUUGAUUUUUUUUUUUUAUAUAUUACUAUAUUAAUAUAACAAUAAAUGCUUCCAAAAUAAAUAUAAACUUGUCUUAUUAAUAAUUCAAUAUUGUAUUCAAUCAUCCUGAAUAAGAGACACAUAAAUCACAUUAGAAUAAUGAUAAUAGUAGCAUAUUUUAAAAUGAGUGUAAUUUCCAAGUCCCUGCUGUGUUAUGAUGAUAAUAAUAAAAACAAACCCUAUGUGUCGGAUGCCUGAUCAGAAAAAUACUGGACCUGAUUUAUUUACUGAGAUAAUCCCUGGUAUUGUAUCAGUGUGUGGGGUAAAGAAAUUAACUAAAACGUUAGAUGGCGCUUGGUGUAAUGUUACCAUGACAUUAGGGGUGCAGAAAUGACUUUUAACAUGGAGGUACUUUUAAACAUUUAGACAAUUAAUUUCAAUUGACUACAACUAACUGAAACACACUCCUCGGGUUGAUCACCCUAAUAUAUUGAGCUUGUGCGGGGACAAAAGUAAACAGUAUUUGCUGCAAUCUUGACGAGAGUUUACAGAGGAACGUUACCACGUUGUUGGCUCUAAAAUACUCCCAAACUUUAGAUUGUGGUUGGCAGGUAUUUAUAGCUGCAGAGAGUUCUCUGGGGGAAUAUCUGCUUUAACCAGGUGCAGCACUUCUUUGCAACACACCGAUGCACAUUCUGCAAAUCAACGCAUUUCUAUAAUUAGUCCAUUAAAUCCACUCUUAUCUAAUAUUUUCUACAGCCAGUACCUGCUGAUAGCUGAUCUAGCUGAUAGAUACACAGACACGGGACACAUUAAAGGAUAAACCUGAAUAAAAGAGUGAAGGAAACGUAUCAAGUGCCUCUUUGCACCAGGGCUCGCUCAGUGGUUUGGUGAGUGAAAAAAAUAAUGUGAAUAAAAUGAUAUGACCUUUGCAGUCCCCAGAUCUCAGCCCAGUUUCACACUUGUAGAAGAUUUUGGACCAGCUUGUAAGACAAUGCUCUCUACCACCAAGACCAAAUGAUCUAAACUUACAGUAUUAGGUGAUUAAUGUCUGUGAAUGUCUUUGAUGCUACAUGUCUUUUUGUUUAGUCUGGGGCGUUUGUGUUUCUUCCUAUCUGCUGCAGGUCUGGUUUGAUCUCAAUGAGAUGAUCUGAUUAAAUAAAGGUUGUAUACUUUGCAGGAGA